AUGCGCAUGCUGGCUUAUUCCGGUCUUGCUCGACACUUUUGGCCGAGCGACUCUACUGAAACGGUAAGGCGCAAGUUUAAAUUUCCAUCAGUUGCGCUAUAUUUUGACUGUCUGCGGCCUCACAAUCUCGCACUAGAUAUCAACUUAAUUCCACUUUUCGAAAUGUUUACAAGCAAUAUUGCACGUUCCAGCCAGAAGCUUCUACGCUCUUCAAGACAGAUUUUAGAACCAUCCACGCAGCCAUUUCGUACCUUCGCCACAGCGCAAACAGACAUUUUCAGACCUACCAAGUAUGGUGGGAAAUACACUGUUACUCUAAUUCCUGGUGAUGGAAUUGGCGCAGAGAUUGUAGAUUCAGUCAAAACAAUUUUCAAGGCAGAUAAUGUACCAGUAGAAUGGGAACAAAUCGAUGUAACUGGUGUAGAAACCGGAGAAAAGCUUUCCGAAGACUUAUUCCGCGAAUCAAUCACUUCCUUAAAGAGGAACAAGCUUGGAUUGAAAGGUAUACUGCAUACACCCAUCAAACGCUCAGGACAUCAGUCUUUCAACGUUGCUAUGCGACAGGAACUUGACAUCUACGCUUCUACCGUGCUCAUCAAAAAUAUUCCGGGCUACAAGACUCGCCAUGAAAAUGUUGAUCUGUGCAUAAUUCGGGAAAAUACAGAGGGAGAAUACUCUGGGCUCGAGCACCAGUCAGUUUCUGGUGUCGUGGAGUCUUUGAAAAUUAUAACCCGCGCUAAAUCUGAGCGGAUCGCAAGAUUUGCCUUCGCAUUUGCCCUUGCUAAUAAUCGCAAGAAAGUUACCUGUAUACACAAGGCUAAUAUAAUGAAGCUUGCUGACGGUCUAUUCCGGAAUACAUUUAAUGCUGUCGCCAAGGAGUACCCAACCCUUGAGGUUAACGAUAUGAUAGUGGACAACGCUUCGAUGCAGUGCGUGUCACGGCCGCAGCAAUUCGAUGUGAUGGUUAUGCCUAAUCUAUAUGGGGGCAUUCUCUCAAAUGUCGGUGCUGCGCUUGUUGGAGGACCAGGUGUUGUCCCUGGCUGCAACAUGGGUCGUGAUGUAGCAGUUUUCGAGCCAGGCUGCCGUCAUGUCGGAUUAGACAUCAAAGGAAAGGACCAAGCUAAUCCCACUGCAAUGGUUCUAUCUGGAUCUAUGCUUUUAAGGCAUCUUGGACUUGAUGGGCAUGCAAACCGUAUCUCUAAAGCAGUCUAUGAUGUUAUAGCUGACGGGAAAGUACGAACCAAAGAUAUGGGUGGAAUUAACAGCACCAAUCAAUUUACAAGAGCUAUACUGGAGAAAAUGGAAGCUGCUGGAUGA